GGAGGGGGGGCGGUUCCUCCGCCUCGGUUGUGUGUCUGGGGUGUUAGCGUAGCUACUACAGGGACGGUUAGCAAGAUUGCUCACAGGUAGAGGCGAAGUGAGGCGUUUCAUCGAUUUUUUUCCUUUAUAGUCCGUGUUGUUUUGUCGUAUUUUGGAGGUAUGAGUAAAAGUGGGUUCGCCGCAGGUCGGGGGAGGAAGCCAGUGGUGCAAGAUAAGGUCGACAUGUCAUUAGAUGACAUCAUUCGUUUAAACAAAAAAGAGCAACAGUCAAAGAGAAGACAGGCCACCGGGACGCGCCGACCAGUAAUGAGGAAAGGUCGUUUAGCCCAAGGAAAGGUGGCUCCGCCGAGGACCGGAGGGCCAGUCCAGAGAGGGGCUGGUAUGUCCCGAGGAGGAGUGAAUAGGUUGAGAAGCAGAAGAGUACCUCCCCCGUUGGGUCGGCGGCGGGGUCAAGGGGUCAUCACAGGACUGGCAGCCAGGAGGCCAGCUGCCCUGCUCAAAGGCAAGGGCUCCCUCAACAGAGCAGCUGUCACGCAGAAAACGGGACAGAAAACAAGGCCCUUCAUUCCGCGCAGUGAUGCCCAGUACAGGAAGCCAGAGGCCCCGCGGCGGCCGUACAGGCCAGCAGACCUGCAGAGAGGCCAGAACACAGCACCAGUCAGGAGACCCUUUCAGCUGCGGCGACGACCACUGCCACCUGUCCAGCAGGCUCAGAGGGAAGCUCGCCAGGCGACAUUUCUCUUCCGCAGGGGACUCAAGGUACACACCCAGGUGCAGAAGCCAAAUCCACGUCCUGCGCCAGUCAGAACUCGCCAGUGGCGCACUUCAACAACCAGCAGUGGCAUCUUGACUGUUUCUAUUGACAAUCCCACAGCCAGAACGCAGCCCGAACCUCCCACUGCUUGGUCCCUGCAUCCCCCAGCCGCCAGCUCUGGCCCCGUCAAGAUGGAGGUGGUGGAGAAGAAAACACCUAAAGGAGUGCCUCUCCAAUUUGACAUCAACAGUGUUGCAAAACCGACAGCAAUGACUCUGAAUGAGCGAUUCCGCAUCCUGAAAGACAGGCGCACCGCCACGGCACAGAGCAAUAAAGGCAGCCGAUUCGUCACAGUGGGUUAGCUGGCGAGAGAAGGACAGGAAUCUUCCAAACCCCUUUUGGCCCCGCUCAGACCCACAUGCUGAACCCCACCUCUCUGGCGGCUGGAGUAGUGCUGACCGGGGUGACGCUGACCCACUGAUUGACUUUUACAUACAGGAGGGAGGGGGACUGUGGGAGACAUGCGAGUACAAAGUGCACAACUACUCAACUAUGAGAACUCCAGGGUGCAAGUGUUAAUGGGAUACAGUGUUUGUUUAUUUUUUAUUAUUAUUAUUAUUUUUUAAUUUUUAUUCAUCAUUACUGGUAUCAUUGUACUCAGCUGUGUGUCUUGUAUGUGGAGAGCAUGUGCUGGAAAGAGCUCCUUUUCUCCCCUCUGGACUCGGAACUAUUGACACUACCAUGAUGAAGUUUUUCUUUCCACAGAAAGGACUGCUGUGUUGUUGCUAGGCUGGCAUGAAUGGUCUUGCCACCUUUUUGACAUUUUUGAAAGUUGUUUUGUAAUGUUUGUUCAAAUAAACAAAUGCCCCACUGUUUUUCUCUUUGA